AUGGCAUCUACAUAUCUUGGAUAUGAAGUUGAUGCAAACGAACUGGAUUCUCCAGUAAACAGGGAUCAUGAUUCACUGGAUGAAGAAGAUUAUUCUGAUCUCGAUGAUCAUGAUCAACAUCCGGAUCCGGAAACACAUACCUCAAUAUUUCAACCAGAGCUUACUAUCAUACCUUUGCCUUCUAACCUUGGUGAAGCCAGAUGCAAGGCAUUAGGUCUAACCAAUCUCAUGAAAGAAGAAAUUGUCCUCCGUGAAGGCCAAGCCAAUGAUGCACUCCAUGCAAUUAGAGUUCAUUUGGUAGAUAAGGCUGUGAUAUUCUGGGACACUGUCCAGUCAGCUAAGUCACAAGCCACCUCAACCCAGGCAUGGACUCGAGUUCGUACGGUGGAAGCAGCAGUCAAACUCAAUGCCAGGAUAUACUGGAAAUGCCGGUUGCAGCUAGAUCGACUCCCCAAUCACAACCUCUUGAAGAAAUAUCUUCCGUUGAAGAAAAACACCUGA